UCUCUCUCUUUCUCUCUGAUUUUCUCCACCACCGAAACACAACGCACAAAAUGAGUCAGUGUGUUCCUAAUUGGGACCUCUCCGCCUCCGCCGCUCCUCCCCCGUUCCACGCCUCCUCCGCCUCACACGACGUCGUUCCAACGUUUGAGUAUGAAGUAACGGAGCUCACAUGGGAAAAUGGGCAAUUGGCUAUGCAUGGGUUGGGGUUGCCGAGGGUAACCGGGAAGAUUCAGCACGGCGGCGGAGGAGGAGGAGGAGGUGGUGGUGGUGGUGGUUCUAAGAAUACGUGGGAUAAUAAACCGGCACGUGCGAGUGGCACGCUUGAGUCUUUAGUGAACCAAGGAACUUGCCAUGGUGAGAUUAUUGGUUUUAACGGCACCGAUUUAGUGCCGUGGUUUUCCGACCACCACCGACAGACACUGCAAACGCCGGCGGCUAUGGAUGCGAUGGUGCCGUGUGAAGCCGGCAAGGCGCCGGCGGAGUCGAGUGAUAUUCGCGUGGCAACGCGUGUGGAGAACGAGAAAGGUAGGAUGGUUCACGGGAAAGGUGGGAGAGUGAUGGCGCGUAUGGUCCACUCGGGCACGGAAGGGAGUGGGUGUCGGAAUCAGAUGAAGGUGAGUGGAAACGCCGCCAAGUUCGGCGGGGAAAGCGGUAAGAAAGUGACGUCGGACACUCGCGAUAGAGAUUAUUCCGUCGUUAGCGGAGGCGGCGGAGGAUUGACCGUCACUACCGCCACGUCACAAGAAUCGAUGGAUAAUACGAGAUCCGGCAAAAUAUGCAUUAAAACCACCACCACCGCCGCCACUGACGACCGUGACUCCGUCUGCCAUAGCACACAUCAGGUGGAAGAAGAAGACAGACAUAAAGAGAAUCCAAAAUCAUCUAUUUCUACUAAAAGAAGUCGAGCUGCUGCAAUCCAUAAUCAAUCCGAACGGAAAAGGAGAGAUAAGAUUAACCAAAGGAUGAAGACACUGCAAAAGCUGGUUCCAAAUUCAAAUAAGACGGACAAAGCGUCGAUGCUGGACGAAGUGAUCGAAUAUUUGAAGCAAUUACAAGCUCAAGUACAGAUGAUGAGCAGAGUGAACAUGCCAAUGAUGGUGCCGAUGGCACUGCAUCAGCAUCUCCCAUUGGCAUCGUUAAUGAAUAUGCCAAUGAUGGGGAUGGCGGGCAUGGGAAUGGGUCUAGGAAUGGAUCAUCUAAACAUGAUUGCCAAUCGCCCCGCCCUCGCCGCUGGAAUGUCUCCGCUCCUUCACCCCACUGCCUUCAUGCCCACCGCUGCAUGGGACGGAGGCACCGCCGAUCACAUCCAACCUCUUCCGACCGACCCCCUAUCCACAUUCCUUGCAUGUCAAUCACAGCCGAUGGCAAUGGAAGCAUAUAACAGAAUUGCUAUGAUGUUUCAACAACACCCCUCCAUGGCGGGCGGCUCCAAGAAUUAA